AAAGUUUUUUGUAAAACUUAAAGUUCAUUUUGUUUAUAAAUUUUUUUUUAAAUUAAUUUUCCCCCAAAUAAAACGAAUUAAAUGUAUAUACAAGUUAAAUUAUUUAAUUACUACAACCUUCCCCACCAGCAAGUGUAAAUAAUGUAGAUAGAAAAUCGGUGCAAAAGACAAGAAAUGGAAAAAAAUGUCUUGUUUGUUAAGUUUGUUCUGCUAACAAAACAAAAAAAAUCCAAGUGCUAAAAUUCCAAAACGUAUUGGAGAAAAGUGCGUGUAUAUUAUUUUCGUAUAAUAAUAUCUUAUUAGUAGAUUAAUAAUUGUUAAUUGAUUGUUUGAUAAUAAGUUAAAUUAAACAUGUUUACGGAUACACCGAAAUUACAACCCAUCUCUACAAGUAGAAAAAACGACAAAAAAGUGCCUUCUAAUAAUGGCAAUCAAAACAACAACAACAGCAGCAACAAUACUAGUGGCGGUAACAAUAUUGCGUCCAAGCCAUCUAAUGCCUGCAGCACCAGCAAACCAGAGUUUAAUAAAAAUGUUGGCGAUACAGCAAAAGCGACAACUCAGGAUUCCCAACCAAAUGAUAAAAAAGACAACCGUUGCAAUUACGGCUCUUAUCGAAACAACAGCUAUCAAAAUCAAAAUUGCCCAAAAAACUAUAAAAAUCGCGAAUUUACUGAAUAUUAUACAAAUAAUUUUACACAAUCCAAUAAUUUCAAUUCCUACAAACGCCGGACGGAUUGGGACAGCAACAGCAGCAGCAACACAACAUACCGCUGGAAUUCAAAUCGUAAUAACAAUUAUCGCAAUAAUUAUAAAUAUUCCGAAAAUAGCUAUAAAGAGCGAGACGCAUCAUUUGCCGAAGAUUCAUUUCAGUACAAUAGUUUUAAUAACGAAGUCAGUAAAACCAAAGAAACUGAUCAAGUUGAAUCAUCAGCAACAACUGCAACCACAAAUACAAAAAAUACCAAAUCAUUUAGCAGUAAUAAGAAUAAUAAUAGUAAUCAAUCGUUAAAAACCAAACAAUUCAAGCAAAACAAAACUAAACUGAAAUUUUCGCAAAAAAAUAAACGACAAAACACCACAAACAAACCUACAUUAAAAAAUAACAAACCAAACAACUUAAACUCAGAAGAAAAUUUUAAAAAUUGUGCAGCGGGUAAAGAAUUAGAUUCCUCAAAGGAUUCUUUAAAUUUAACAUCCAGCAGUUUAGACGAACAAGUUAAUGAUAGUGAAGAAAAUAUUGAAAGCAGCGGAACUGAUAAUAAUUUGAUUGAGCAAAGUAAAGAACCAGAAACGAACUCCAUUGAACCCUUAAAGGAAGUUCAUUUGGAAACAAAUAAUUUAAGUGCCAUUACAUUGAAUGCAAAUGAGGAAAUAGUAGAACAGACUGAAGACUUUUUAAAUUCUAAAGUCGCAAAUACAUUUAAUCAAACCGCCUUUACAGAGACAACAUCUAGUGCUAUUCCAAUUGAGCCUAAAGCACCACACAACCAAGAGUCCGAAGAACCCAAAACAGUAUUAGAUAAUUUAACAGCCACCCCAUUCCAAGACACAAUCUCAACGAGUCCACCACCCCCGCACUCGACUGCUACAAGUGAAAGUGAACAUUUUGAAUUUCAUACACCCAAAAUAUCACUGAUACCCAUCUCACGCCUACUUGCCACCGAGUUUUGGGAAUCAACCAGCCACGAUAGCCUCGUGUUGGAGAAUUCCUGCAAGCUGCCAAAUACACCACAGAAAACGAUUUACAAACCCAAUUUGAUAAAACGCAAACGUAACGUAUCAACCUGCAGUAAUUCCUCGACGAGCAGUCUAACAAACAGUGCCACUGAUCGCAUAGUGGAGAAGUUGGUAACGAUGAAUAAAAUCAAUAUCAAGAAUAUAAUAAAUAGCAGUGAAACGAAGUACGACGAAGCUCUUAAAACCCAGGCGAGGAAAAGACUGCGCGAAGAAAUACGACGACAACUGAAGAGCAUGAAUAUCGAACCGCCAAAAGAUCCGAUUUGCAGCGACUUUGUUCCCGAUGAAAUAGUCGAUUCUAUCGAUAUACCCGAUGUGGUAUUCGAUGAGAUACGCAAAGCUUUGGGCCUGGAACUGUUCUCAUUUAACAAGGAAGUCCAUAUGAAAUCCAUUGAUGAAUUUGUCACAUCCGUAACAGCAGAAGAUAAUGUAACUGCAAUAACGCCAUUAGCCGAAGAAACAGAAACAUCAUCUGGCCAUACCGUACAAACUGCAACAUCAAUGGAAUUAGUUGAAAUGCAACCACAUGAGAAUAGUCCAAACUUGAAGAAACCUCCGUCACAGCCAGCUUCACCACCCCCCUCAAAAGUGAAAUAUGAAAUUAAGACAGAGAGUAAACAUACAUUGGAGAACACUAAAUCACCGGAGAGCCGCACAAAAUCCAAGAAACUCACAAAACGCAAAGAAUCUCGUAAAUCUAAAAGACAUCGAUCUCCCAAAAAACCCCGAGAAGAUGUAGUCGUUAUCAUAUCAUCCUCAUCUUCCUCGGAAUCAUCAUCAUCCUCGCAAUCAUCUUCCUCAUCAACGUCAUCCUCUUCAUCCUCAACGUCCAGUGAUUCAGAAUCGGAUGCCUCCGAAAAAAGUUCCACAUCGUUGGCCAAAAAAAAGCGUCUUAAACUAAAGAUGGAUGCCGAAAAUGUAGUCGACAGCUUUGAAAAGCUAAUCUUUUCCAGUCUAAGUGACAGCUUAAAAGAACGUUAUCGCACCAAAUAUUCCACAUCCAUUAACACCAAAUUGCAUUUUAUCUCAUGCAUUUGCACCAGUGACUACAACAGCGGCAAGUUUUCCAAAUUGCAAAUCGCCAAAGUGCAAAAGAAUCUAAAAUCCUCCGAUUGUUCCAUGGCACUGGAAUUUCUAAUGAAGGAAAUUGUAAAUGUUUUCAACAAACAAAAACAGGUGGCCAAAAUGGAUGACAGCAACAAGACUUCCAGGAGAGUGGAGAGUCCGCCAAAAAAGGAUUACACAAAAGAUUCGGCCAAAAAGGUCAGUAAUGAGAAUAUGGCCAAAGAAAAAUCUAGCAAUAGCAAAGCAUCAUCCAAAUUGACUGAUGCCGUUAAAACAAAAAGUGUCAAUGCGGCAGAAAAAGUUGUAUAUGCCGCCACCAAUAGUGAGAAACACAUUCAACAAUGUGUUAGCAAAGUUUUGUCUCUAUACCGACAGGAAAUGAAAGCCGCAAUGCAAGCAAAUGAAACGAAAAAUCAACCCUCAUCCACACAGAAAUCCUCAGCAACAGCUGAACAUCAAGCAAAGACUACCCAACAACAGCAACAAACAUCCUCAUCAUCAUCGACAUCGACAACUUCAAACAAUGACGAUAAUAAUGCUGGCCAUGCAAAACAUAAUGAAGAUGAAGCGCAUUUAAAAAAUCCAAUAAAUUGUCUUAAUCAACAGCAGCAGCAGCAACAUCAAACAACUCAACAACAAAGUGUAGCUAUUAACCGAGAUAAUGAGCAGCUCCAGCACUCAUCCAGCACAUUGGCAAAACUGCAACAAAGUGAUGACACUGCCAAGGAAAAGAUAUCAACACAAAUCAUACCCAUUCACUCAUUCUGCUCCUCCGACUACAGCAGCAAUGUAACCACAACUUUCAAUGGUAAUCUAAACAGUAGUAUUCUGGGCCUGUCCUCAGCCAGUUUCAAUCAGCAGCCCUCAUUUCCCAUUGUCGAUCUGGAGGAAUUAAAAAAACAGAGUCCAAUCGGAGAGGUAGUGGUUAACAAUCUGCGAGAAAUCGAUGUUAAACUAAUGGAGCUGCAUAAGAGGAAAAUGUAUCUGGAGGAAAUGGUACUGAAGUUACAAAAGGAUAAAAUGGAAGCCGAUCUCUUAACAAUAAAACUGCAAAAUGAGAAAUUUAUUUUACUUAAUACAGCCAUGACAGCCAAUGUUACAACGACUGCCAUGAAAAACAGCAAUAAUAAUAGCAACUGCAACAUGACUAAUGAUAACUGCAAGAGUAAAGCCAAACCGAAUGAAUCUUUGUCUUCAGUGAAGAAUAUCAAAAUAGAAACAUAUAAAUCAGCAGACACUAGCAAUGUGGAAGCUAAGAGAAAGGAAGAAAGGCCACCUAAAAAGAACUUAAAACCACGUAUGAUAAACAAAUCUCCUACCGCAAAAAGAAACGCGGUUACAGGAGCUAAGCGAAAAAUUCCACCCACCACAGCAGCAAGUGAAAGUCCGAAAAAACGCAAAAGAAUUGCUGUAUCGCAAAAGUCCACAACUAAAAAAUCUUCACAAAAAAAAGUGGAAACCUUCACCAAAACUCCGACUACAACUAAUGCAAAGUCUACUAAAGAAAAUACGGCUAAGGAAAAUAUUGAUUGCAGUACUUCCCUAGCAACUACAACUCCUCCACCACCACCACCAGCAACAUCACCCUCACCCACGCCUCCACCUCCCGAUCCACCAGCUACAGCUGAAGCCCAACCAGCCACAACAGAAAUCAAUAAUAAUCCUCAAAUAGAGGAUGCCACGAAAUCUCCGACAAACAAAUCGCUGUAUAAAAAUAUGCCUACGGGCAGCUUUGAGGGCAUCCGCAAUCCCAUCACACAAAUACGAAUAUUUGGGGAAUUUAUAUUUACCUCUUCGGAAGACGGUAAACUCUACAAGUUUGAUGUCAACACCCUUAAGCUCUUGAUGCAAUUUGCAAAACACUGUGAAGCUAUAACGCAAAUGUACUUAUGUCCGGAACGGAAAGUCAUCUAUACCACUUCUCUGGAUGGUUAUAUUAAGAAAUCAUCACUAGAGAAUUUCGCAUUGGAUAUACAAUCGGUGUAUUUACAAGAGCCUCUGCAAUCUAUCGAUAUACAAUGGGAUACCGCAUACAUUGGCAGUAGAUGGGGAAAUAUAUACACCUACAAUGUUGAGACAAAUUCCUUAGCGGAUAAACCUCUAUGUUCGACUGACUCAUCAAUCAUAUCAAUUAAGGCCACAAAAGAAGGAGUACGUAAAAUUCUAAUUGUCUCUUCCAAAGGAAAUCUAAUACAACUAAGAGAUGCUAAUUCAGGCCUACUGUUGCGUACAUUCGAUGUACCGGAAUCAAUAAAUAUCUACAGUUUACUUUUGAAUGAGGACGUCAUCUAUUGUGGCACACAAAAGAAAGAAAUACGAAAAUACGAUUUUGUGAGCGGACAAUAUUUGGGUGUAAUGACCUGUGGCAAUGGGGCAGUAAGCAUGCAAAUGUACAACAAUAGAUACAUAUUUGUGGGUUGCUAUGAUGGUUAUAUUUAUAUAUUGGAUAAAACAACAGAUAAACAAGUCGGACGCUUAGCUGGUUCUGGCAAAAUGAUAUUAACUUUAGAAAUUAUCGAAGAUAAGAUUAUUACUUCAGCGAAGGAUAAUACAAUGAAAGUAAUAGAUAUACCAAGUUAUUGUUUGAAAAACAAUGCUAAAAGAAAUUAAGAAGCAAAAUGCUAAAUGCCUUUUGCAUUACAACAUAGUUAAGAAAUAAACGAAAAAUUAAAUUCAUUAAAAAUAAUGCUAAUAAUUCAAUGAACAAGUUAAUGAAUGGGUCAUUAUAAAAAUUUAAUAUUUAAUUAAUUUUAUUUUAAUAUUUUAUUAAUAUUUAAUGCUCUAUUGCUUCAAUAUACAUACAUACAUAUAUAUAAUACAUAUAUACAAAUAUGAAUUUAUAAAAAGAUAAAUUUAGUUAUAUUUUCUUUUUUUAUUUUUAAUUGGAAUAACAUUUAGUAUACCAUUAUCCAUACCGUACAUACAAAAUGUUGCAUCAUUAAAAGUAAUAAUAAUAAUAAUAAUAAUAAUAAUGAUAAUAAUAAUAAUGAAAUAAAUCAUUAAUUAAAAAAAUACAUUAAUUAUAAUCAAUAUGGUUAAUAAAUGUGGUAACAAAAAUAAAACUAUAA